ACAAGAAAGAAAGAAAAGAGGGGAAUGGUUAAAGAAGAAAUAAAGCAUAACUUCAAAUAAUGUCACUCCUCCCAAAAUCUUUUUCAUCAUCUCUCACUCUCUCCCCUUUUCUAUACUUAGUCCCUAAGACUUGUCAAUUUCUAAUAUUCAUUUCACAAUCUACAACAUAUUAAACAAGAUCCAAAACCCAACGCAACCCGAGUUUCUAUCUUUCAAAUGGAUCAAGAUUCACCUCCUUAUUACAUCUCCAAAAACAAGAAACCAAAUUGUGAAUUAGUUGCAACUAAUCAUGCAGAUUCAUGUAAGUUUUAUAACAUGUUUUCCUUUAAAACUAUGUUGGUUGUGAUACUUGUAGUUGCACUUCCAUUUUUUCCAUUGGGAACUCCUGAAAUCAUCAGCCAAACUCUGAAUACAGGAAAUUGGGAACUUGUUCAGCUUAUUUUAGUUGGUAUAGCUGUUUCUUAUGGCUUAUUCAGCAAAAAGAGUGAUGAUGAGAUAGAAAAUGAAUAUUUAUAUAGUUCAAAGUUUAAUAAUGUUCAAUCUAGAUUACUUGAAGUUUCAUCUUUUUUUUAUGAUGAGGCUGAAAAACAUGAUGAGUGUGAUGAAAAUAGAGUUCAGACUUGGAAUAAUUGUCAGUAUUACAGUGGUAAGCCAAUAGUAGUUGUUGCUAAAGAAAUUGCUAGUUCAAGAAGUGUUGAAAAGCCUUUGCUUUUGCCAAUUAGGAGUUUGAAAUCACCUGUGAUUGAGCCUAUCUCGACCACUACUACUUCACCAAAAUCCAUGAUUUCAUCUCCAAGAAAGUUGUCCACUUCACUUUCCUUUUCAUCAGAAUCUAAUCAAGCCAAGAUUGAACAAUUUGAUCACAAAAUUGUGAGGAAAAAAAGUUUUAACAAAUCCUCUGAUUCACAACCACCAUCACCACCUCCUCUUCCACCGUCCCCGAUUGUUAAAAAAUCUACUCUUUUGAAACCAAGCUCUAUUGUAAUGGUGGACAAGGGUUCUUUUGAUAAGGAACCGAGGAGAAGAACUAGGAGUGUGCCAUUUGAAUUGAGCUCGUACAAGGGAAAGUCUGUUCGAACAAUUAGGCCAUUCAUUGGGGCUGCAAGAGCCAGAGUAUAUGCGAAGGAUGUCAUAAAUGGAAAGGCAGAGGAAAGGAACAAGGAAGUUGAAGAAACCUUUGUCGAUAAAUGGAUACACGAGGAGUGCCAUUAUGCAUCAGAACCAGCAUUGAUGGAGUUUUCAGAGGAAGAGAAGAAAACGUUGUCUCUUGAGAAGGUAGUAGUGGAAACUGAUGAGGACUCAGACGAUUACAUUGAAGAAAGCUCGAAAGAUGUAGAUGUAGCAGGUAAGAAGGAGAGUAAUACGGCAACUGAUGGUGGUCCGGAUAAUGUAGACAAGAAGGCUGAUGAGUUCAUAGCUAAAUUCAGGGAGCAAAUCAGGCUUCAGAGAAUUAAAUCCGUUAGAACAUCGGCUGGACAGCCUGCUAAAAAGCUACUCCAGUAAAAUAUUCUUGUUCAAGACACAGGUGGUACUAUUAGUUUUGUGUAGUUAUGGUAAGGGAGUUUGUCUUAUUGUGAAGAGUCUUCCAUCGACCCUUUUAAGCGACGGAUGGUCUCUUUAUAUGGAUUGAAUUAGGCUCAAGUGUUGUGUGUUACAAUUGUUAUCUUUAAUUGCCAUUAGAAAAAGUCGUAUGGUUAGCUAGUAUUCGCUUGGGACUACAGAUUUGUCUUGUCUGGUCUUUUUAUACCCCCUUUUCAGUUUGUAAUUCUAGACUGAGAUUUCUAGUAUAAAGGGAUUUUAAUAUUAAAGUUGUAAUUAGUCACUUCUACCUGCGCCAGUAGUUGAUUACUACCAUGAGGUUCA